AUUCAUUAUUGAGAUAUCUGGUGUGUGUGAUUAUCACUCGCAUAGUUGAAUUUAUGGUCGUUCUCCUUACUUUGAAUAUUUCUCAAUGAAUGAAAGUUUUAUUCCAGUGAGUUAUUAUGAUUAAUUUCAAAAUUGUUUGUCGUGGGUAACUUGAUGCUACUGAAGAAUAAAUUUGUGUUUGAAUUUCGAUUCGCUGUGAAGACGUUAAACUGGUUAAAAAGUUGUACCUACGAAACAUUGGUUUGGAUUGAAAUAGUGUCUUGAUCAAAGCUUGCAAAUGUCUGAAAUCGCUGGAAUUUCUUCUGGAGUGUUCGAUAUUUUGCAUCCAACUCCAGUUGCUCUGAGAGAGUUAUCAGCGAUCGCCAUUAGCCUCGAAAUAUGGCGCUGCGAAAUAAAUAAACACCGUUCGAGCAAUACAUUGAACAAGUUUAUUCCAUCUGGUAAACUUAUCUCAUGGAAAACUGCGCUCAUUCCCGAUUUACCUUCUGUGAUUUAUCCUAUGAUUGAUAAAUAUGUCAGAAUAUUUGGAAUUUCGAUAAAUAACUGGCUAUGGAGACAUCAUCAGCCGGUAUUUCAUUUUCAUUACGACAAUCACACCUCGGUUUUGGAAUACUUCGAAGAUUUUGUAUGCGAUUACAACGGAGCCAUUCAUUACGAAAGGACUGCCGAACGUAUGAUGCAUUGUGAUCGAUUCGAUCUGCAUCAAAAGUUCCUAAUUGCUUGUACGUAUUGUUUCAAAGACGAUAUCGUACGAAUUUGGCCAUGUGGAUUGGAAAAGACGGACUCGCUGUAUAAAAGAUAUUCUGAAAAUUCGCGAUUUGCAUAUUGGAUUGAUUUUAUUGGAAAUGAUAUCAAGAUAACCGAACCUCCUAUCGAAGAAUGUAUAUUUGAUGAAUUCGUGUCUCGCAACAGACCAUGUUUGGAAUAUUUCUGGAGUCGUAUUCCAUCGGAAAAUCGUUUGCGGAAAGCUAUCGAUCUUUAUAUCGAUGAUUACCCAUCGUUUGUUCGAUUCAUUUUGCCAAAAUUGGAUGAUCAACAGCUCAAUGAAUUUCUUCGUGAAAAAGGCUGUGAAUUGUUGUAUGCUGUUUUGUUAAAUUCUUGUUAUGAUGAAGAAGACAUUCUAUCGAUAUGGAUUUACGUUAAAAACGCCAUGAACGAGAUUGCUUUCACAAAUCUGAUCAUGAAAAUGGUGCAAAGUGAGAUUACGGGAGGCUUUGUGAGUUCCGAAUUAGGCCAUUAUGAGAUUUCUUGGGCCGUUUACGAAGAUGAUUUCCCUGAUUAUCGCGUCCUUGAUAAUUUUCUUCAGUUAUGUUUUGAAAUAUGGAACACCGCUAAAGAAGAUUUGAUACGUUCGGCUGUUAGAGAUAUUACAUCAGAUAAUAGUUUAUUUGAAGAUACGAUGUUCGACGUAAAUGAUCUUCCACCAACCUCGAGAGAAUUUAAGUUCUUAUUUGCUGUCCUUUCUCACGCCAGCUAUGAGCAGAGAAACGCUUUCUGGCAUAAUUGCUGGAGAUAUUUGAUUUAUAAAACACGGGUCGAAGUUUUACAUAAAAUAAUGCGGCUAUGUUUACGAGACGAAGACGAGAUAAGUCAAUUCAAGAAAAACAUCAUGGCCAAUGACGAAAAGGCACUUCAUUAUUAUAGUUCAUUACUAACCUUGACGUAUUUCGACGAAUUGAAUCAAUUCGCGAGAUUUUUACUACCAGAAGUGCAAGCAGCGAGAAACUUUAAACAGAAAAUACUACGGUCAACUUUUCUCAAUGAUGAAUUUGGUGAUUCUUGUAUAGAGAUCGUCAAAAAGCAAAAAGAGUUCGAUGAAUUUAUUAAAGAUGCCUACGACAACGUCGAUCAGUCUACAGACUUUAAAAAUGAGCUAAUGUCGUCACCUUCAGUCCAAACGAGAUUAUCAAUCGAUGCUCUAUCUGUACCCAUAGAACAGUUCAUUGAGUUUAUUCACACCUUUGUCUCGACUGAGCGAAUUCUUCUCGAGGUAAAAACUCGAAUGAUCAGUUUUUUAAAGGAAGAAGGGGCUGAUUAUAAAUCUAAGGUACCGAAAUCGUCGUUCACCUCUCUUUUAUCAUGGUGUUUAGAAGGUAAUGAGGAAGUUUCAAAGUUUGAGCUGAGCUAUUUAUGAUGUAGAUCUGAUGGAAUAAUCUGAAAAUCACGCCUAGUUGAAUGAUUUUUUUCGUGAAAUUCGUGUUCUGGGAUGAUCAUGUCGAUGGUCAAACCAGAUUUUUACGUUCUAAUUUUCUCUUUAUUAUAUGUGUUUUAUAUUUUUCCGAUUUUACAACUUGAUUUUAUAGUCUUGUUGUGUAAAAAAUUCACAUUGUAUGUUAUGUUUAAAACAUGUAAAAUGGUAAUUAAUUAUAAUCAACUGGGUAUACCUAUGCACACCUAUUAUUGAAUUUAAUUCUCGUUUCUUCAAGAAUUACAAAAUUUUUCUCGUCUAGAUUUUUGGCCAAAAAUUGAGAUAAAGCUCAUUUUCAAAAAUUUUAAAAAAGUUUCAUUUUUUCCCCAAAAAUUGCCUGAAAAUCUAGCUUUCUCGCCAGAUAUUGUCAACAAGCCCUUCCUUUUUCAAAAAUUGUCAAAGUCUUUGCUUUUUCCCAAAAAUGUUCAGAAAUUCUCGAUUUUUCAAGGAUGA